UUUUCAUUUUCGAUUGGUUGAGUGAAAGCGCACAGACGCCGAUUAAAUUGAGAUCCGUUUUUUCUUAGAAAUAUCAUUUCCAAGGAAACAUUCUGUUGUCGAAUUUCACCUCGAUAGAAUCACCUGAAUAGAAUGAUCAACGAAAUGCAUGACUACUGCAAACCGGCGGGAACCAGGAGAUUGCGUUUUCGAGACUGGCUCAAGCAGAAGAUUGACAACAAAGAAGGUGCGGAAUGGAUCGACCGAAGCCGUGGAUUGUUCAAAAUUCCUUGGAAACACGGAUCGCACCGCCUAUGGUGUGUUCGUUACGACUGUGAAAUUUUCAAACAGUGGGCUAUUUAUUCUGGAAAAUACACGGAAGGAAUCGAUCGCCCCAAUCCCAGCAAGUGGAAGACGAAUUUCAGAUGCACAUUAAAUGCGCUUCCUGAUUUUAGAGAAGUGAGGGAGAAAAGUUGCCCUCGAGGAAACGAGGCGUUUAAAAUUUACAUGAUGAAAAGCAACGACUCAAAAAACGAGCGGAAGACCACUGGAGAAAAAGGUAAGUCCUUAGAAAAGUAGAGGCUAUAUUUUCCUAGAAUUUUAAAACAGACAACACAGCUUCAGUCAGAAAAAUGCAAAUUUCACCCCUGAGAGCGCGGACCUUGGAGGAGUCACUUCAAAAGCACAUGACUACAAAACAUUCAAAUGUGUUUUCACGCAUUACUCUAGUUUAGAGUUCAGUCUUCAUUCUGGACAUAUAAAAACGCUUCGAAAACUAUGCAUAGCUUACUCCGUUUCUCAUAUUGAAAAGCCCCCCCCGGAUCAGAAAUACUCCUGUUCUAGAAACUGAAGGGGAGACUUAGUAUUCACUUGCAUAUUUUUAGAUACUAUAUACAUCCACGGAUGUGGUUGUUGUAAAAACAACAAAUUAUUAGAAGAAAAAGAUAGACACGCGGGAAGUACAAAAACCUGCUUGACAGGCAACUUUGUAGUUCACACAACUGAAAACUACUGAUCAAAGGUAAAACCGCACCCCACGUACCACACCCUUUGGCGUAAAAAAGGGAAAUUAAAUAAUAAAUGUUUACCAUUAAAGUGGGAGAAAUUUAAGGAAAGUUCUCUAGAAAGAAGCUACGGAAGAGAGACUACUUUUAAAAGCGUCAAACCCUCACAAUGUGCAACUAAACCCAAUUCGCCUUGCUUCCAAAUCAGCUAAACAAAUUUCCGAACUAGCUGAGAGGUUUGGUUUAUGAUACUACGCGCGGAUAGAACAUUCAUGCAUAUACUUUUAACGUACUUUGUUAGACAAACUUUGAGCACUUUCGAUCUUUUUAAAUCUGCAGCAUCUACACAGCAAUCGCUUGAUCUGCUGACGGAUAAGGAAAUAGUUCAGGUAAGUAUUGCCGGUGUCUUCCAUUUAAAUACUGAACUCACUCGAAAAAGAGCUUGUCUCAACCAAAGCACCGUCCUAAAUAAGCGCCGCAUUUGCAGCCCACUUAUCGACAUUUUUGUGCCAAUAUAAUACAAAUUUGUUGAAAACCUGUAAUUCAUAGAAUCAGUUUCAAAAAUAUCAUCUGAUGGAACUCCAAGUUUAUAAUUUAUAAUGUAAUGUAUUAAAGAUUGAGAGAGCAUAAUUGUUGUUGAGUUAACCCUCGGACGUACAAGGGGGGGGGGGGAAUUCCACCACCCCCCUAAGGUUUUUCUGAGCUUUUUCCUAGAGGAUAAAACAUCAGCACCUGAUGUUUUCAGUAGGUGUUCUUUCAUCCCUCGCGCGCAUUGUGAGUCAAGUUCAGUGAUGGUCAGUUUCUAUGGUUACGAGAUAUGACGUCAUAAGUAGCACGUGGUCAAGCCAUUUUUGAUUGAAAGUACAUGUUUUUUCGACUUUUUCAAUAAUAAAAUGUCGUGUUAUUUCAAGUAGAUGACCAUGCCUGUUGAAGCACCACAAAUUUUCUUGUGACCCAUAUUCUGUUAUUUUUUUAGCUGUUAGAUGACAUACGGAGUUCCGUUCACUCGACUGAGACGCAGGCCGCGCUAUCGCGUCGCCCAUUUUCAGCUUUCCCGGCAUUUGAAACUCUCGUGGUUGACAGAUCAAAAGGUUAGUACCCUUUUUGCAAUACGAAUACAAAAUACAUCAUACGCCUUGCGGCCACUUUUCCACUAAGAGCACCUAUGUUUGUCCUGGCGUGUACAUCAGACGUCCCAAUAGGGUCUUGACUUCUACACGGCUUCUUCCCAGGCCUUCUCGGUCAACGUAUCUCAGUGACGCAUCCGAGACGAACGGUCAGACACUCACUCGGACCACGUGACCCGAAACGCAUAGGCCGUUACCUUUCUUCCAAUCCAUGAAAAGGUCUCCUGAACAGAUGCUUCCAUUACAGAGAAAUGUUCGUUAAUGUAUUAAAACGCUUUAAACCCGUCUGAUACAUGCUCACUGCUUGUUUUUCACAGAAAAUUUUCCUAACUUCGCAUUUCACGCUACGCCUUGGAUCUUGGCGGCUUGGAAUGCGAUGGCGGUGGACAAGUUCGUUCCGAAACCAAAGAAGGAGACCAACAAAGGCGAUGAAAAAGACGACGGCGAUGAAGAUGCCAGUGAAAGAAAACCAGAGAAGCCUGAAGAUAAAACAUGUGAUUGGACAGCUAGACUUCGAGCAGUAAGGACGACCACUUGUCGUCUAAUAGACAGUAGAGUUCAGAAAGUCAGUGAAGCAGUGUCCGAUCAAUUACUGCUGUCGGGACUAUCGCAUUCUAAACUCCCUCUAAUGUGGCCAAAAACUCGACAUGAAGCCGUAAUCGUUGGUCAUGGCUUAAGUUUAGAAAAUAUUUAUAGUUUUUAAAAUGACUCCAGCCGAUCAUGACAAACCCCUCUCUGAGACAUUUUAAAUAACGUACCAGUCAGAAAUUGAUGCAAAUACUUUUGAUCUUUCAGAGUUCCCCAGAAGUUGCCAAAUCUAUUUUCAAGGAAGGUAAGCGUUUCUUAAUUUCAAUCUUUUUAAAAGCAAAUACCGUAAAAUUCCGAAAAUAAGCCCCGGGGCUUAUAUUUUUCAAAGGCCCUUUUUGAGGGGCUUACUUUUGAAGGGGCUUAUAUUCGGAGGGGCUUACAUACGGAGGGAAAAUUGCGUUUCAAAAUCGGCUAGGCUUAUAUUUGGACGGAAAUUUGCGUCUCAAAAUCGUUUGUACUUGCUUAUAGUUGGGAGGAAAUGUAAUUUGUAGAAAGGUUUUACUGAAACUCGCCUUGAGGACGUAGACCUUUCUAAAACGUAGCCAUGCAAGUACUUUGUCUAUAUGGACCGAGGAAAUCCAAGCCGAGAGUGAAGAGUGAACUGCCCAAACAGCAAUAAACUGUAACACUUUCUGACUGCAAUCAUUUGGCACACGUAAUAUGUUCUUUAGCAAAUCCCAAAAAUUUAUGUUACUGUACCGUUAUUGCCUUGUUUUACUUUGUAUUUGGGGGCAAUUUCCAUGCACAAGCCCCCAGGGGCUUAUACUUGGAGGGGCUUAUUUUCGGAAUUUCACGGUAUUAUAGUUCUCUUACUUUAUUUGCCGGAAAAUAAUUGGUCCAUUUCAACUCGGCGUAACAUACUUGUUCCCUCUUUUUGGUCACCUCCCGGCCUGUUCCUAACAGUACUUUUAUUAGGAUGAAACUGGAAGUGAAUUUUUGACUUUUGGUUUUAGUCAAUGUUCAAAAUAACUUUUGUAAGAGUAACAUGCAGUACAUUUCAAAAGCCUUUAUCUCAUAGGAAUAACUUGCUCUAUCCUUUGCAGAAGAUGAAGUUCCUAGCGAACAAGAGAUCAUUGACGUAAGUUUUCCAGUUUAAAUGAGUUUCGGCCGAACUAAACGGCUAGAGACGUGCUUACAAUAAACUAGCUACAUGAAGUAAUCUCUAGUAAUCUCUAUUACACCUUCCUCGCGUGCGCACCAAUUGGGGCAUGCAAACUUUCAUUUUUCACCGUCGUAGGCCUGGAACAACCUAGACAAUGACAUUAAAAACAGCAAAUUAUCGUCCUUCUUUAAGGCAAAGCUUAAAACUUUGCAAAUAAUGGCCUAUCUAAUUGUUAAACUAUUUUAAAAUUAGUUUUAUGUGUAAAUAUCAGUUUUUAGCUCUUUUCUUAAUUUUUAAUUUUUAAAGUGGGUGAUCUUUUUUUUUUGUCAGUUUGUCAUUUAUAAUUUGCAGUGCCCUCACUGAAAACCGCUAAGGCGAGUGGGCUCCCUGGAUAGUUAUUAUUAUUAUUAUUACGUCUCAGUAAAAAAAAACUACAACUAGGCAAAUUUAAAAUAAAAUGGAAUCUGUAAAGCAUGAAACCUUUGUUUUUGAUUUAAUGUUUUAUUGUUUUGUUUUGCUUGACAUUAAAUUGUUUUACUGUUUAUAGCUUGUGGACCAAAUGUCAGAACAGAGCAAUUCUUCUGAUGAAGACUUGGAUGGGAUAGAAGCAACCAGAGAAGGAACCAAGCAACCAAGCAACCAAGAAGGUAGGAUAUUACAGGCCCGUAGGGAGGAAGGGGGGGAGGGGGAGGGUAUGCGACGGUUGUUAUAAGACAAAUGUACUAAAGUGAAAGAACCUAUCAAUUAUUAGUGCAUUAAGUCGUGGUUGCAGAAUAUGCGAUUUUUUGUGGCAGAGUGGGCACUUCAAGAUAAUCAUCCUCUGCUUCCAUUAUCGAGAGCAAUAAGUCAAAAAUGUUUUUUAAAAGUUCCUUUGGAGAGUUGACGAAAUUCAUUGGGAAUUGCGUUCCAAAGUUUAGCUCCAAACCUGGAAAAAAAUAGAAAGGAAGAAGUUCUGAAACGGAAGUCGCUGAUGUGUUUGCUAAGAACCAUCCAAGGAAGUUUGAGUUUAGGACACUACUGAAAGAUCACUGAUGAUCAGCAGCCAUACGAAAGCGCCAAAAAUUAUACGGAUUUACAACUUUUUUCCUAUUUUCUUCUUCUAACAAUGUUCAAAAUAACUUCUGCAAGAGUAACAUGCAGUACAUUUCAAAAGUCUUUAUCUCUCAGGAAUGACUUGACAAAAGAGUUUUUUUCUCUGUCCUUUCCAGAAGAUGAAGUCACUGGCGACCAAGAGAUUAUUGACGUAAGUCUUCCAGUUUAAAAGGGGAGUUUCGGCUGAACUAAACGGCUAGAGACGUGCUUACAAUAAACUACAUUCAGUAAAUAAAUCUCUACGUGUCGUAUGUCUCAGUUAAAAAACUACAACCAGGCAAAAAUAAAAUGGAAUCCGUAAAGCAUGAUACCUUUGUUUUUAUUUUAAUGUGUUAUUGUUCUAUUUUGCUUGACAUUGAAUUGUCUUAUUGUUUAUAGCUUGUGGACCAAAUGUCAGAACAGAGCGAUUCGUCCCUAUGAAGACUUUGACGGGAUAGAAGCAACCAGUGAAGAAGGUAGGAUAUAGAACCAUUCUCGUCCCCAGAGCCACUCGGCUUAAUUUGUAACCGACCAGUGGCUCCCCACAUUUCCCGACCACGUGACCAAGAAACGACGGGCUCUGGGGACGAGAAUGGAUAUCGAACCAUUUAUUUUCUAAGAAGCUUGUAACCAUGGUACCCACAGAAAAAGAAAAAUCAGCACAAGGGGUCAUGACAUAAAAAUGAAAAGGAAAUAAAAGUUUAAAAAAUAUUUUCAAUUGUUGUGAAGUUUAACAAAUUUAAGGUCUAUAAUGUCUAAGUCAUGUGACAAUAUAAUGAAAAAGUUUUAAAUAACUAAUUGUGAAACCACUAAUUGUGGCACGAAACGUCUAUUUACGACUAACAAUUUUAUGUUUAGCGACCGAAGGUUUAAGUUAAACGCCUCAGUUACGAUUACGAUUACAGAUUUACCCAACUGAGCCUACGGGAUUCUAUUGAUCUUUCACCUGCGUAGAUAUACCUUACUUUUUUCAUGAUGACGAGUUUUUCCAUUUUUCAGUAUUUAAAUACUGAAAUGUCCCCGAUCUUUCGUUUUGCUUCUGUUGUAGAUUUUACAGAGAGUCCACCCAAAGCUACUAUGAGGCCUCCACUGCAGCUGGUCAUAAAGACCGAAGACUAGUCCGGAUAAGGGAACAAGUAUGCGACUUCGCCUUCUCUUACAGCUGACUCUAUUAGAGAAUUUUUAAGUGUGAUUAGCAGGUGCUGAGUAACCUUUCACAGUCCUUUACAAAGGUCACUUUCAGUAACAUUCAAAGCAUUCCUCCUUUUCGCUAAAGUAAAGAUAUGGCGGUUAAAUUAAAUUGUUCUGAGGACAACACCGUGUCGACGGAGAGAAGGAACAUUAUGGGCAUAAAUUUUGGCAUCAUCCCGGGUCACUGGCACAGUUGUCUGGGCAGAUUGACCGCAGGAGUUUUAACCGCCGUCGCUGGAUGGCCCAAGGCCGUGUCCACACUAGUCCAGACGUUUGCGUUUACGUCUUAGUUGCGUUCAGACGAAAAUGAUGUAACGACCAUCGUUAACGCUCUCCAGAAAUGAUAAGCUUGUAAACGCGGGUAAAUAUUGUGCUUGUGAAAAAUACCCGUAUGGACAUAGGCUUGUUAGGAACGUCAAAAAUAACUGAAACAAGAAAUUUGAAGCAAAAAAAGAGUGAAGGGAGAAAAACAUUUGUUACGUCAAGUUAACCAAUUGUUACCCAUGUAAACAGUAAGGUUAACAAUUAUAAUGCAACAGUUCGUACGUCGUAGUAGACUAGUUAAAGCUGAAGAUGUAGAUAUUUAAAAUUUACCCGUUUAAACUUAGUAUUUACGUAAACCCUGAAACGGGAAAGCAAGACGUCCAUUUCUAAUCAAUAAUGUUGUAUAGUUUACAAAUAGAUAGUUUCUUCUUCACGGCAGCCGAAAGAAAAGAGGUUUUUUUUGCAACUUGGUUGGCAAGAUCUCGCUCCAUUUCUUUUCCAAUAACGUCCUCUGUGACGGUUUAAUCUUAGGCCACCACUUGUAAACUGUAAUCACCAACAUCAUUGUCGCAGGCGUGUGUUGCUUACUGAGCAGAUGAGCCACUGAUGUUGUAUAUAAUUACAUGACGAACAAAUAUCGUUUUCAUAAAAUAGCGUUUCAAUAGGAAAAUUAGAUUGUAUUUUGUUUCAUAAAAAUUUUGUAAAAUAAGUUUGACUUCAUAUAAGUUUAAAAAGUAUAAAUUACAUAACUAGUAACAUUUCUAAAAGAAGUAACAGUUGGAUUAGUUUAAUAACGAUAGUAAUUAUAAGUGUGUUGUUAGAGUUACUAUUGAGCUGGAUAAUUUAUUAUUAAACAUCAUUUUUGGUGGAAAACCCCUUGAUUCUUUAUAAAAACAAAUAAAUGAAAAAAACAAUAAAAAUCAUAA